CAUAUAUAAUUAACAAAAUAAGCUUUAAAAAAAGUAAAACGCAAUUAAUUAUUUUGCAAAAUGAAAUAAAGUUUAAAAUAGAUAGAUUAGUCACAAAGAAUCUAUCCAUUAUCUCCAAAUGAGUCUGAUCUAUAAUUUAAUGCAUUCUAGUUAGAAAAAGGACCAAAUUUCAUCAAGAAAAAAAUGUAGAAUAAUAAUUAAUUUUAAAUACCUUAAGAUUUUACACCUCAUUAAAUGGAUACAAAUUAUAAUAUAUUUAAUUAAAUUUAAUUGAGUGUCAAUAGGGAAUAUGAUAAAAAUGAAGAUAUGUCAAAUUAAGAUGAUGUUAAUCAAGAAAAAAAGAAAUCAAAGUUAAUAGAACUUAUAGACUAGAAUAGUAAUAAAGACGAUGGGAGUGUUUCAUCUUAAAAUUCAGAUAAACACAAAUCUGAUUUUGUAAAAAAAUUCGAAAAAGUAACUUGGUAUAAAUUAAUUUACUUGGUAUCAGAAGCUAUACAAAGAUGGAAAUCAACAUUAAAGGCAAUUAGUAUUCAGUAUGCAACAUAAAAUUAAAUAGAAAUGAUUGACGAUUUAAGCUUCUUCUAGACAGAAUAAAGCAAGUAGAGAAGAAUAGAUUAUAUGCAUUAAAAAAACAAAACUGUAAAUUAUAGCCAAAAUAAGUUUAUUAGAAGACUUAAAAAAAGCACUCGAUAAGUUAGAAAGGCUUUUAGAGAUAUAAAUAUGAAGAUAUAAGAUUGCCUUCUCUUUCUAGAUAAGCGAGUAGAGAAAAUUUUAAAAAACAUAAAAGUUUUUGACCCUUAUGAUGGUAUUGUACUUUUUUGGGAGAUCUUGUAUAUGAUGCUUUGCUUAUUUUUGUUCGUUUAUUUACCUUUUAGUGUGGCUUUCGAGAAUGAAAGAUCUUUAAUUAUUUAGGGAGCUGGGUAUGUCAUAAUCAUAAUUUUUUUGGGAAUCGAUAUUUUAAAAAAUUUUAACACUGCUGUCUAUGUUAAAGGAGAGUUAAUAAAAAAUCAUGUAUAGAUUUUAAAAGUUUAUACAUAUUCGCUUGAAUUUCCUCUUGAUGUUUUAACUUACUUUUCUGCUAUUGGUUUACUCUAAUUUAAUUAUAGUAGGAGUAUUUUUUUAUUAAGAAUUUUUUACAAGCCAAGUCUAAUCUAAAAAUUUAAGGACGCCUUUCAAAUGUCAGAAAAAUCUAUUGCAUCUGUAGAUUUAUUGAAACUAUUUGCUAUAGUAUUAUAUCUUUGUCAUGUAGUAGCAUGUGUAUGGUAUAAAUUAGGAGAAAUAUAAUAUGAGUAAUCAAAUUCUGGAUGGAUUGUUAAAAACUCAUAUCAAAAUUCUGACGACUAUACUUUAUAUGUGAACAGCUACUUUUUUGCAAUAAUUAUGAUGUCAUCUGUGAAAGGAAAUAUUUAGCCAAGUUCGAAUACAGAAAAAAUAUUCACUACAUUAAUAGCAUUUGGUGCUUGCGUAUUAUUUGGUUAUACAAUUACCUCAAUUACUAUUAUUUUGAGAAACUUGAAUACAAAAUGGGACAAUUUCAAUCUUUUAGUGAGUUAAGUAACUAAGUUUAUGCGCCGUUAUAAUGUCGACCCAUAAUAGCAACAAAAGGCUAGAAAAUAUAUAGAAUAUGUGAAAGAUGUCAGUCUUGAAGAAAAAAGAAAAUCGUAGAGCAUUCUUAAUUGUCUUUCGAAGUAAUUAAAGGAUGAGAUUUUUAUUAAUAUCUAUUCUCAGUAACUUCUAAGAAUUCCCUUUUUUAAGAACUACUUCUCAGCUGAGUGUAUAGAGUAAUUAGCACUAAAAAUGCAAGCCAUAUAUUACGCUUCUGAUGAUCCUAUUAUUACAAGAUAGUAGAUAAACGAUCCAGCCCUUUACUUUGUAGUAGAAGGGUAGGUUAUUGAAUAUUAUUUUACCAAUUUCGAACUUCAAAACUCACUUUAAGAAAAAGUAAUUAGGAUUAAGAACAAGGGAGAUUAUGUUGGUUUGAUAGAAUUCAUUACUUAAAAUUAAAGACCUCUCUGCUAUGCUAAAAGUAAAGGAGUGACAGAAUUACAUAUGCUAAAGCUCAAGGACUUUUUAGAUGUUGUUGCAAAGUUUCCAAUAGAAAAAGAGCACUAUUACCAUAUGAAAGACUAGAUUCUUAUAAAUAAAAAAAGUUAAUACAUAUAGAUAGACUGCUCUCUUUGUUAUGAAAAGAAUCACAUCGAGCGAGAUUGCCAUUUUACCUUCUAUGAGCAGAGAAGAAAGCUCUUCAGUUAAAAAUAUGGUGUAAUGCCUACUACAAAAAAAGAAACUAUUUUAAGAAAGACGGUAAAGCUUAGGUAUCACUCAUUAAGUACUUAGAACUAAAUUCAAUUUGAAAUUAAUAAUUUUCUAAAAUGCUUUACUAUAAAGGAGCAUCAUCAUCAUCACCAUCAUCAAGAUAAUCAUCAAAUAAAUAAAUAUCCAGAUACAAAUAACCCUAAUAACCAUAUGCAUACUUAAUAGCUUCACACAAAUACAAAUUUAUAAGAUAGAAACGGUGAUUUUUAGCAUAAUUAAAUUAAUAAUUAGAAUUAAGUUUAACACUAAAAUGAAAAUGAUAGGAAUUAUAACUAGAAAAUAGAAUUAACAAAAAAUAGUUAAGCAUAAUAAGAAUUUAAUUCAAAUUUUAAAGUUUAACCAGAGAAAUAGUAGGAAUAAAGCGAAGAUGAUUAAAAAAAAGACAAAAAACAGCUAAAAUAGUUAAAAAAAGAAUAAAAAAUGAUUAGUAUUAUGAACUAAUACAAUGAUGAUAAAUAAUAAGAUUUAUAAAAUUUAAUCUCAGUUAAUUUUAUUAGCCCUAAUGCCUCAGAUACACAUAGAGAUCUCAUAUCGAAUUUUGUAUCCUAUGAAUAAAAUGAUCCUUUAGCUUUUGAUUAAGAAGAUUUGGUUCUUUUAUCACCCUCUGUUUAGGAUGAUCAUUUUAAUACUUAAUUUAAUCGCCAUUUAAGUGAAACUCCAAAACAAAUUUAAGAGAAGGUUAAUGGAAAAGCAGCUGAAAGUAUCACUAAUUAAGAUUAAAACAAGGAAGAAGUAUUUCAUAGUUCAAGCAUUCAGACAUUUACUCCUAAUAACAAGAUAAAGCAAAAAGUUCAGAAAGUAAAUGAUACAACCAUAAGCUCAAGUAGCAACUUGAAUAUUAUGAAAAAUAAUUACAUAAAUGAUGUGAAUACACCAUAAAACUAAAAUAUAAAUCAAUAAUAAUUUUAAUAAAUAGAUUUGCUUCAUCCAAACAAUAUAAUAAGAAAACAGUAAUCUAUCACCUAUAAAAGCUAUGAAGAAAUAGUUUAAGUAAAUAGUUCUAAUAAUAUAAAGUAAGUCAGGCAGAUAUCAAAUGAUGGAGGUUAAUCAAAAUCAAAUUAAUAAAUUUAGUUAUAGUAAUAAUAAUAAUAAUAGCAAUUUUAAAAAAUACAGACAUCACUAUAGCGUUAACAAUCUAAUCUGCUGAACUCUAUUGCUGCUCAAUAAUAAGAUGGUAAAUAAACACUUAAUGAUUUGAAUGAAAGCUAAGUCAAUUAAACAGAACUUAAGUUAGGAAUCUAUUCAUAUUAUGAAUAAUAAAAUGUUAGCAUCGAUUUUUCUGUUUACCAUAACUUUUAAUACUAUUUCCCUCACAAUAAUUUAAAUUACAUUUUUAGGGUUGACAAAUUUAAAAACAAAGCUAAACAGAGAAGAAGUGUUAUGAAACCUCUUCUUGUCUCACAAAAUUUUAUCAAAAAGAAAACUAUCAAAAGCUAGAAAAGUAUUAGCUCAAAUAUUAAAUGA